UACUAUAUUCGUAUAAUACAGGAAGAUCCAAGAAAUGGAAGUUGCCAAAGUUCUUCAUAUGAAUGAAGGAAUUGGAGAGGCUAGCUAUGCCAAAAAUUCUUUGCUUCAGCAAAAGGUGAUCCUAAUGACAAAGUCAAUAAGAGAAGCCAUAGCUGCACUCUACAGCAGCCUUUGUACAGCAGCCGUGCCUGAUGGUAUAGAGGAUAACAAGGGAAAUAUUUACGUGUCAAGAACAAGUCCAACAACUGUGGUUAAAGCACAUUAUGAGCAAUAUGAAAGAGAUUUUGUAACUUUUCUUAAGUAUCGUUCAAAGGAAUUGGUGAAAGGAGGACGAAUGAUAUUGACAAUGCUAGGCAGGAACAAUGAAGAUCUCUACAGCAAAGGGUGUUACUACAUAGUGGAGCCUCUGGUCAUGGCCCUCAAAGAGCUAGUUGAAAUGGGUUUAAUACAAAAAGAGAAAGUAAAUUCAUUCAAUAUUCUUAUAUACCAUCCAUCUCCUGCAGAAGUGAAGUAUAUAGUUGAAAAGGAGGGAUCUUUCACUAUUGAUGUCUUGGAAACUUCAGAAUUUCAUAUUGAUGCCACACCCCAAGAUUGCACCAAUAGUGACAAUAUGGCAAAUAGCCUGAGACCCUUGGCUGAGCCUUUGCUUGUCAGCCAUUUUGGUACUGAAUUGAAUAUGGAUCAAGUGUUCAACAAGUGCAGAGAAAUCUUUGUCUAUUGCAUGGCAAAAGAGAAGACUACAUUCACAAAUGUCAUCAUCUCCAUGACCAAAAGAAACUAG